AUGGACUUUGAAAAUGUUGCUAUAAUAUAGUAAAUAGCUUCUUCUUUAUGUGCAGCUUUGACAGCAAUGUUCUUAAAAUAAGUAAAAGAACUAGACUUUAACUAAACUUUAUACUUGAGAGGGUUAUGUGGUUUUAUAAUCCUUUUUUAUACUGUUAACCAUUAUAAAUUCUUAGUAAAUGAAUUUGACAAUCGUACGAUGAAGAUUUUAAUCGAACGAGGGAUAUUAGCCAGCUUUGGGGCAUUUAUUUAUUUUAAAGGAUUAGAUUUAGUACUUGUAUCAGAAUCAAUUAUUUUGAAUAGAAUGUCUCCAAUAUGGACUUCUAUGAUUUAAAUUGUUAUUUUGAAAAAAGAAAAAUUAAAUUUCAGAUUGAUUUUGAAUAUGUUACUUUGUAGCUUAGGUAUUUAUUUAGUGGCCAAGAAUAAAAAUAGUAAUAAGUAAAAUAAUGAUGUGGAAGAUGGAUAUUAUCAUAGCAUUGGAAUAAUAUUAAUAUUGUUAGCAUCUAUUACUUAAGCAAUUGUUAAUAUUUUAAUCAAAUAAGUGAAUAAAGAAGUAAUUUUUUAUAUCAAAAAUUAGGUAGAUAGCAUUGUAAUAACGUUUUACUAAUCCUUUUUUUCGAUGGUCUACCCUUCAUUUAAUUCAAUACUUUUAGAAUCAAAGUAACAUUUUAAUCUUUAUUUUAGUUUCAUUAUUCCUUCAUAAAAUGAUGCUUUUUUAAUACUUAUUAUGUCUUUUUUAUCUACUUUUGCAGGAGUAUUGCAGGUCAAAGCUAUGAAAUUUGGUAAAUUAAGUGUAAUUUCGAAUGUAAGUUAAAUAUAAAUAUUUUUUGGAUACUUAAUCGAUCUUUUCAUCUUUAAAGUCCAAUUUAAUCUAGAACAGAUUUUAGGAAAUGUAUUGCUAUUGUUUUCCUUAAUUCCUCUUGUAUGGAAAUGA